AAUUCUCGUCCCUGCUUAUAUACUCCAAUCGCAAUUGAACCCAUGAAGGACAAAUCACAUCCACCCAACAAGUUUUUUUCUCUCUCUCUCAAACCCCACAAAUUUCUCUCUCUUCCCGGUUCGGUUCACCAAAUACAGAGAGCGGUACAGCGCAAGUUGAAACUCAGACAGGGAAGAAGAUAAAAGUAUUUAAGAACAGGAACGGGGGGGGACUUUCGGGUGAUGGAGUCUGGCAAUAUAAUCGCGCCGUUCGUGAUGAAGACGUAUCAGAUGGUCAGCGAUCCGGCGACGGACCAUAUAAUCAGCUGGGGGAAAGCCAACAACAGCUUCAUCGUCAUCGACCCUCUCGAUUUCUCGCUGCGGUUGCUCUCGGCGUACUUCAAGCACAACAACUUCUCGAGCUUCGUUCGCCAGCUCAAUACAUACGGUUUCCGAAAGGUUGAUCCAGACAACUGGGAAUUCGCAAACGAGUGGUUUCUCCGAGGCCAAAAGCAUUUGUUGAAGAACAUAGUCAGAAGGAAGCACAGCAAGGUCACCAAUCCCUACUUACUGCGUCACAAUUACGAAGAGGAAGAAGAGGACGACAAGGAAUUACUAAAAGAAAUAGCCAAGCUGAAGCAAGAACAGGGAGACCUAGAACAAGAACUGGAAGGCAUGAACAGAAGGCUAGAGGUCACGGAGAAACGACCGCAGCAGAUGAUGGAUUUCCUGUGUAAAGUCAUGGAAGACCCCGAGAUCGUGCCACGUAUCAUGAUGGAGAAAGGCGGGUCCAUGAGAUUAAAAGGGGAGAAGAAGAGACGGACGACGACCAUGAUGAUAUCGUCGUCGUCCGAAUCUCCACCGUCGGUUAUGAGCAGUGAGGAGGGAGAUGAAGGGGCAGGGGUAGGGGCAAUUUCGUCAUUUUCCAGAGAACCUUAUAGUUAUGGGUCUUUCUCUAGUCAGUUGCCGGCGGUCUCCGGCUCCGCCAUGGUUGGUGGUUUCGCGGCGGCGUUACCGCCGGUGGGUGGUGUUUCGGGGUAUGGGGAGAUGGGUUAUUUUGGAGGGAUGGGUGGUGGGGUGGACGAAAAUCCACCGCCUUAUCCUUUCUCACUGUUUGGAGGGGGAUUUUAGUUUCUUCACAUGAUUUAUGUUGUAUUCUAUCUUUUUUAUUUUAUUUUUUAUUUCCUAAGUUUGUUCUUAUGAAAUAUUGGUCUUUUUAGAAA